CUGUUCUCUAUCCCUGUGUCCUCUCAGUCACACACCCAGAGAGACUCAAAGAGACAGACAGCAUGAGGCUCGGGCUGAUCCUCCUGCUAGCCGGGCUAGCUACUGUGUUUGCUGCAGAGGGUAAGUAUACCAUAAAAAAAUAUAUCAUCUAGGUUUACUUGAAAAUGUAGUGGUGACAUUUUGGUUGAAAUUUUACUGAGUUGUUACUGAUGAACUCAUGAAUUUCAAGAUAGUAUUUGGAAACUCAGUUAGGGACAGUAUAUUGGAGAAUUUUUGCUGUUCCAUGGUCAUUUAUAAGUUACCUCUCUGUGCUGUCCUUGUGUGUCAGAGUCAUGCAUAGACCGUUGUGAGAACGGCUUCGACUCCAAGAAGAAUUGCCAGUGUGACACCAUGUGUCGGUACUACAAGAGUUGCUGCUCAGACUACGAGACCGCCUGUCGUAUGAAAAGUAAGAAGAGAGUGUGUGUGUGUUACAAAAGUUACUGAUUUCCCUUUUAACAACCUUUAAAGGUCAUAUUGAAUAAUGCACCACUGAUUAACAUGGUGAUGAGUUGCAUAUGUUCAACAUUCACAUAAUAUUUUGCUUAGAAUUCAUUGUAUGAUUCAUUUAAUGUGACCUUUGUUUCAUUCAGCACGUGGGGACACCUUUGAAUUUGCAGAGGAUGAUGAUGGUCCAUUUGCCCCUACAACGCCCGCCUCCCUGACCAAACCUGAAGACGGGGAAUCCAGCUUGUCAGGGGGCCAACGUAGGCAAACCACACGCCUCAGAACCCCCAACACCACCCCUACUCCUACCACAAUUGCCACAAAGGCAAGCCCAGAGAUAGAGACAGCUCGAGGCGCAGCUCGAGGCCCACAGAGAGGCCAAGUCCCAGUGGUAGUCCCACUCCCGGAGACAGCUAAAGCCACCGAGGUAACAUCAGUCCCACAGGUACCCUCAGUCCAACAGAAAAUCUCAGUCCCCCAGAAAGCCACAGUAACAGUAAUAGAGGCAGAGCUAGUCACAACAGAAGCUCCAGUCACAACAGCGGAAGUGGAGACAACCACAGAAGAAGUGGUGACGACCACCAAGGCACCGGUAGUAGACCCAGAUGCUGAGCCAUGCAGCAGCAGGCCCUGGGACUCCCUAAUGCAGCUCAAGAACGGCUCUGUCUACGCCUUCAGAGGUAAGGGUCUUCAUGGGUCUUACCCCAUCACCUUCAGAGGUAAGGGUCUUCAUGGGUCUUACCCUGUCACCUUCAGAGAUAAGGGUCUUCAUGGGUCUUACCCCGUCACCUUCAGAGGUAAGAGUCUUCAUGGGUCUUACCCCAUCACCUUCAGAGGUAAGGGUCUUCAUGGGUCUUACCCCAUCACCUUCAGAGAUAAGGGUCUUCAUGGGUCUUACCCCGUCACCUUCAGAGGUAAGAGUCUUCAUGGGUCUUACCCUGUCACCUUCAGAGGUAAGGGUCUUCAUGGGUCUUUCCCUGUCACCUUCAGAGAUAAGGGUCUUCAUGGGUCUUACCCCGUCACCUUAAGAGGUAUGAGUCUUCAUGGGUCUUACCCUGUCACCUUCAGAGGUAAGGGUCUUCAUGGGUCUUACCCCAUCACCUUCAGAGGUAAGGCUCUUCAUGGGUCUUCCCCCGUCACCUUCAGAGGUAAGGGUCUUCAUGGGUCUUACCCCGUCACCUUCAGAGGUGUGAAGGGAGUCAGUGGUUGGGAGAAAAACACCAGGAGAGGUUCUGUUUAUCUGUAUCUCUAUGUAUGUGUUUGUUUUGUGCCCUCUCCUAGGGGAGUGGUUCUUUGAGCUGGAUGAGAAGUCUGUGAUGCCCGGCUACCCCAAACUGAUCCAGGACAUCUGGGGUAUCAGAGGACCUAUAGAUGCUGCCUUCACUCGAAUCAACUGCCAGGGCAAGACAUACAUGUUCAAGGUGGGAUGAAUACCCUGGCUAGAGAGCGUAGACUAAAGAUUAAAUGUUGAUAGGAUGGUAGAAGUUUGGUAGAUGGAAAUUAUAUCUCUAGCUGUCUGUAUUUAUUAUACAUUUUAUAAAUGUAAUACAUUUGUUAUAAAUCGCCAACUUCACUGAUAUAAAUUAAAUGUAUUCAUUCCAAACAUAUUUUUUUUCAAAUUGUACAUCCUCCAACAGGGUAACAAGUACUGGCGGUUUGAUGAUGGUGUGCUGGAGGAGGACUAUCCCAGGGAUAUCAACGUGGGCUUUGAGAAGAUACCAGACGACGUGGACGCAGCCUUCGCCAUAGCAGCCCCUGGACACCACGCCAAAGAGAAGGUCUACUUCUUCAAAGGUCAGACCAAAUCUUAAACGAAGAACAUAAAUUGCAACAAAAUACAAUCCAUUAGGCAGUUGCUAAUUGAUAAGUGAUGGAAUUUGUUUUUGUUUGAUAAUGUAAAAGUAUGUAUUUACACUUGAGAAUACCUCUCAAUGUUAGUCAUCCUCCUGAAUUUAUUCAAAUGAUGGAAGAUAUAGCCACAAUGAAGUGAUUAACUCACUGUUUCCACUGUAUUUCUUUUCACAUAAUCUGUUUUAUUAACAGACCAGUUGUUUGUCUGUGUUCCCAGGUGACCAGUACUACCAAUAUGAGUUCAAGCACCAGCCAUCACAUGAGGAGUGUAUCAAGAUGUCAGCUGGGUCUCCCUCCGCUCUGUUCACAGCCUACACUGACAUCUACUAUAACAACUGGGAGGAACUCUUCAACAUGCUCUUCAGAGGCAGUAAGAGGCUAUAGAGGUCUUUUAUUUUUAUUUUUUUAGGGGGUAGAUCAGCUUUAAUAUUGCAGAUAGAUUGUAGCUUCCAUCAACGUAAUUGUCUGCAUCACUUCCAAUCCCCCAUAUAUAUUUUUGCAAAUAUACAUAUACACUACCAGUCAAAAGUUUGGACACACCUACUAAGGGUUUUUCUUUAUUUUUACUAUUUUUUACACUGUAAAAUAAUAGUGAAGACAUCAAAACUAUGAAAUAACACAUAUGGAAUUAUGUAGUAACCAAAAAAGUGUUAAACAAAAAUAAAUAUAUUUUAUUUUUGAGAUUCUUCUAAGUAGCCACCCUUUACCUUGAUGACAGCUUUGCACACUCUUGGCAUUCUCUCAACCAGUUUCAUGAGGUAGUCACCUGGAAUGCAUUUCAAUUAACAGGUGUGCCUUCUUAAAAGUUAAUUUGUGUAAUUUCUUUCCUUAAUGCGUUUUAGCCAAUCAGUUGUGUUGUGACAAGGUAGGGGGGUAUACAGAAGAUAGCCCUAUUUGGUAAAAGACCAAGUCCAUAUUAUGGCAAGAACAGCUCAAAUAAGCAAAACGAAAUGACAGUCCAUCAUUACUUUAAGACAUGAAGGUCAGUCAAUACGGAAAAUGUCAAGAACUUUAAAAGUUUCUUCAAGUGCAGUCGCAAAAACCAUCAAGCGCUAUGAUGAAACUGGCUCUCAUGAGGACCGCCACAGGAAAGGAAGACCCAGAGUUACCUCUGCUGCAGAGGAUAAGUUCAUUAGAGUUACCAGCCUCAGAAAUUGCAGCCCAAAUAAAUGCUUCACGGAGUUCAAAUAACAGACACAUCUCAACAUCAACUGUUCAGAGGAGACUGUGUGAAUCAGGCCUUCAUGGUCAAAUUGCUUCAAAGAAACCACUACUAAAGCACACCAAUAAGAAGAAGAGACUUGCUUGGGCCAAGAAACACGAGCAAUGGACAUUAGACCGGUGGAAAUGUGUCCUUUGGUCUGGAGUCCAAAUUUGAGAUUUUUGGUUCCAACCGCCGCGUCUUUGUGAGACGCAGUGUGGGUGAACUAAUUAUCUCCGCAUGUGUAUUUCCCACCGUAAAGCAUGGAGGAGGAGGUGUUAUGGUGUGGGGGUGCUUUACUGGUGACACUGUCUGUGAUUUGUUUAGAAUUCAAGUUACACUUAACCAACAUGGCUACCACAGCAUUCUGCAGCGAUACGCCAUCCCAUCUGGUUUGGGCUUAGUGGGACUAUCUUUUGUUUUUAAACAGGACAAUGACCCAACACACCUCCAGGCUGUGUAAGGGUUAUUUUACCAAGAAGGAGAGUUAUGGAGUGCUGCAUCAGAUGACCUUGCCUCCACAAUCCCCCAACCUCAACCCAGUUGAGAUGGUUUGGGAUGAGUCGGACUGCAGAGUGAAGGAAAAGCAGCCAACAAGUGUUCAUCAAGAAUGUUGGAAAAGCAUUCCAGGUGAAGCUGGUUGAGAGAAUGCCAAGAGUGUGCAAAGCUGUCAUCAAGGCAAAGGGUGGCUAUUUGAAGAAUCUCAAAUAUAAAAUAUUUUUUUAUUUGUUUAACACUUUUUUGGUUACUACAUGAUUCCAUAUGUGUUAUUUCAUAGUUUUGAUGUCUUCACUAUUAUUCUACAAUGUAGAAAAUAGUAAAAAUAAAGAGAAACCCUUGAAUGAGUAGGUGUGUCCAAACUUUUGACUGGUACUGUACAUAUAUACACAUACAUACAUACACACUGUCACGUUCGUUGAAUGACGGGUCAGACCAAGGCGCAGCGUGAUAUACGUACAUGUUAAUUUACACUGAAUAAACACACGACAAAACAACAAACAAACGAAACGUGAAGUCCUAAGGUUGUACAGACAACAAACCUUACCCGGAACAAGAUCCCACAACCCACAAGUGCAAAUAGGCUGCAUAAGUAUGAUCCCCAAUCAGAGACAACGAGCGACAGCUGCCUCUGAUUGGGAACCACACCGGCCAACAUAGAACUACACAUACUAGAAUAACACCCAUAGAAAAUACUACAUAACAAAGAAUAUUCACACCCUGACUCAACAUAUACGAGUCCCCUGAGUCAGGGCGUGACACACACAUAUAUAUACACAUAUAAAUACAUACAUAUACACAUACAUACAUACAUACAUACAUACAUAUAAGAGGCUAUAGCUCUUUCUCAAUGAUAUUUUCUUGUAUCCUCACGUCCUCUUUCCAUUCCUUCUUCUCAAAACACAUUGGAGAAGAAAAUCCAAGUCUCUUACCUGCGGACCUUCUCAUCCAAUGCGUAUUGAGGAGGUGAAGAAAGAGCAUAUAAGGAAUAAUUAAUGGCACAAUAUUGACUUUAAGAAAAUGGUUGCUUAACAAACAAGAACAGUUUUAAUCUAAUGCUAUAUCUCAUCUGUCGUUCUCUCUCCCCCAGUCCCCAACCACCAUGGUGGGCAUCGGUUCAUCAACAAGGACUGGAUCGGCAUCAAGGCCCCAGUGGACGCUGUCAUGACAGGCAGACUCUACAUCACCCCCAGGCCACUGGCCCCACCCCUGUCCCCACCGUUACCCCCUCUAUGGGACCGCAACGACAGAAGACGCCAGCCAUGGGACCAACAGUGGGGGCAGUAUGGUCAACAGGAUCAGUUAAAUGGACAGCAAAAUGGGCAACAAUAUGGACAGCAGUGGGAACAGCAGUGGGGCCGCCGCAGAAAUAGGCGCCAGUCUUACUGGGGUGCUGGGACGGGAAUGGCUAUGGGGCAGGCGUUCGCAGAGAAGGGGAUUGAUGUAGGGAAAGGAUUCGCUGAGAGGGGGAUGGAUCUCGGUCGAAAGCUGGCGGAGAGGGGGAUGGCUAUGGAGGGGAUGUUUGGAGGGUGGGACAUGCGCCGGACGGAUGCCAGGGAUGAAGACAGAGACAGGGAUAGGAGGAGGGAUGACCGGGACAGGAGAAGAGAUGGAUACAACUAUGACUCCAGAUACAACAUUGAGGAAAGGGCCUACUGGGAGUUUGUCAACAAGGGCCAGCCAGUGCAGAGCGUCUACUUCUUCAAGGGAGGUAAGGAAGGAUGCUUUAUUGUCCUUUUGCUUUUUAACCUAGCCCCCCAUUAAACACACCCUAAGGGCACAGAAAAACUUGAAAUCCACCAGAUAUAUUCUCUGUAUUUAUUUUGCAGAUAAAUACUACAGAGUGGAUCUGAAAACCAAGAAAGUGGACCCAGCCAGCCCUCCUUACCCCAGGUCCAUCGGCAAGUACUGGCUGGGCUGCCCUGAAAAACACCUGGGGGCCGAGAAGAAAUAGUUUCACAACUGAAUAAAGAAACAUAUGUAGUAUGUCAAAACAUGUUUUACAUCAAAGACUCAAUUAGACAGUAAUUUGAAGCUAGAUAAUUUGAAGAAUCACAUCACAAAAAUGUUCUGAUGUGAGGACAGUUCUCGUUGUACCUGGAAUGCUUGUAUGUAACACUUUUAUAAUUAAACACAUUCUAACUGUAAAGGGUACCCACAUGUUAUUGGGGGUAUUGAAAUGAAUCCAAGGCUCAAUUCAGUCAAACUAGCAUUGUAGUAUUUGCGCUGUAGCUCUUCCUACCCCUUAUUGGAGAUCAAUGAUGGCCCACCGACCUCUGUUCCCCACCCCCAGUCUGCCUGGUUUGGGGCAAAGUUCAGCUGGUUGGUGUGUAUCUGUCCUCUAUGGACUUUGACAGGGUUCCCAUAUAAAACAUACUAUAUUAUACUAUGGU